AUGCCGCUGCUCCGCUUUCCUAGGCCCAUGCACCGAGGCGGUUGCACUAAUUGCGCUAAUAAUGGGGAUUACCUCAUACAACCAGGUCUGAGUCGAAGUCGAGGAAAGAUUCUCUCCAUUUUCCUCCCAGUGCCUCUAAGUAAAGCCUGGCAAAUGCAAAGCAAAUGUAAAGCAAAGCCAAGUCUGGAACGACGCCAACGCACUAAUGGGCGCUUUGUGGUGCCAACUGCUCAUGUGGCCCAGGCAUGUGGAUGCAGUGCACCCACCUCAGCGACACAAUCUGGAACUCGACGAGGAUUCGGAUUCGGAUUUGGAUUGGGACCUGGUGUGGUGUUUGGGGCCUGGAGCCUGCCUUUGCCUUGGGAUCCCAGGCCUGCCGUUGAGUUAUUACAUCGCCCCGACGAUGUUGUGCGCGAUUUCGUGGACAUGGGAGAUGCAGUCGCAUCGUAA